GAAUCAAAAGCCCUAACCCCAAUUCCCUUUGUUGUAUUCAGUACUUCUACAAAACGAGCGAGAAGCUGCUUAGGGUUUUGAAUACCUCUUUUACCAAAUCUCCUUCGAUUUCAAUAAUGGCUACAGCAGAGAAGAGAAAGCCCGUCUUCAUCAAGGUAGAAGAACUAAAACCAGGAACCACCGGUCACAAUCUCACCGUUAAGGUCCUCAACUCCAAGGCCGUCCCCGUUCCUAAGCCCCGUCGUGCUCCUAUGUCUCUUUCUCAGCGUCCUGUCCGCCCCGCUCGUAUCUCCGAGUGUCUUGUCGGCGACGAGACAGGCUCUAUUGUCUUCACAGCCCGCAAUGACCAAGUUGAUCUAAUGAAUCCCGGCGCCACUGUUAUUCUGCGUAAUGCUAAGAUUGACAUGUUCAAGGGGUCUAUGAGGCUUGCGGUAGACAAGUGGGGGCGAAUUGAAGUUACAGAACCUGCUAGUUUUGUAGUUCAAGAAAAUAACAAUCUCUCUCUGGUUGAGUAUGAACUAGUAACUGUCCAAGGAUGAUUAGUUUGGUUGGGUAUGAAUUUGGUUACUCUUGAGGGUGUUUAGUAUCUUCAGGAAGUGAAUAUUUGGAAUUUACUGAAGACAUUAUUUUGUGCCCUGAUUUACUGAAAGACAGUUUUCGAAUAUGGUACAAAAUUUUGGUUAAUGUGUAAUUUUUAAUCUUAGUAUUUGAAUGUUAAUUGGAAUAUCUAAUUAUCAUAUUGGGAAAGGGACGCAAUUCUGCUAAAUUUCAUAAUUUUAUAUUGUCAAGAUUUUGUGGAAAUCUACAUUUUUUUUUUUAA